AUGGACGACGGCCAUUCAAAGCUCCAUUUCUACUCCCUUCCCAACGAAGUCCUCGCUCAGAUUCUAUCCUCCUUCUCGACACGAUCCCUCAUCUCUUGGGCGACAGUCUCCCGCCGCUUCCACGCCCUCGUCCUGCGGAUCCUACAUUAUCGUCUGCUCAUCGGCGCUCCUUUGCAUGACUAUAAACUCAUCCUAGAAUGCUUUCACCCGAGCGAAAAGCUUAAGGUGCCUCAUGUAUUCUGCACAUACCUUGACACCGAUGGUUUAGAUCAACUUAACGGGAGGAGUGGUUCGCUUUAUGAGAAUUCCGACACGGCCCAGCAACUGGGAAGACUGAGUUCGGUGUAUGCUCGGUUCCGCCCUGAAGUCGCGGUAGAAGAAAGAUCGAGCGGAACAAGGCUAGUACCCCUAAGAGACGAUGAGCAAGACCCCGACCGAGACAACUUGGUUGUCUCGCGCCCUAUCAACCUCGAGAGCUUUGAAGACUUCUCUCAGCUAUGUGUGGUCGUAAAUAUAGUGAAGGUCAUGCCGGGUACAAAUCUGCUCCUAAGUGCACACACGGUCGAGGACGGGGUAAUCAGGGUAUUCCGCGACUGGCUGAGAGACGAAGAGAAGCGAAUCCGUGAAUUCGUACCAGAUGGUACAGAGCCUUCGCAAAUGCUAUGGGUUGAUCAGAGCAAGAGUGUCGGGAUCAAAGUACGGGUCAAGGCAAAACCGCUAAUGAAUCAAAAUGUGCCAAUUCUCAUCCAUCGCGACGACGACCAAUUCACGAGCUAUGAAUUGUUGAUUGAAGAAUUACAUAUACGCGCUGUUCGCUUACUCCGGACCCUGGAAAAGUCACAGGAGGAACAGCAGAAUUAUUAUAAAGCUGUAGUUAUAACCCCGACUCUCAGAUAG